GUCAUAUUUGGCUAUUUGGAGCGGUAGCAACCACUACUCCUCGAGGUGCGCUGCAGAGGGCGACGCCUCCAUGCAAUGGUGGAUAGUGGAGCGUCUUACUUGGCUCCGACCUGAUUCACUAAUGAUACCAAGCUGCCGCUUCUCCGCUUCUUGCGCCAACGGUUCCACCGCGCAAAUGAAGAG